CGGACAAACCCUAGCUCAGAUCCCAUCCCCACAACGCGUCCUCGCGAAACUCCCCUUCCAGAUCGCCGCCGCCACCUCCCUUCGCACCGCACCCACUGCGGCUCCCACACUCCCCGUACCCGCGCACGCCGCCGGGCUUGCGGGCAGUCUGCAGCAGGAAGGGCAGCCAUGGCGCUCGCAUCAGGCUCUUCGCUGUGGAUGCCGGCGCGGCGCUCGUCACCUCCCCCGCCGACCGCGAGGAGUGGCAGGACUAUGUCCUAGAACUCGGCGACGACUUCUCCGACCUCGAGGAGCUCCAGGUCGCUGCUAUAAAGGGCAGGCCGGAGCAGCCUGGAACAGGGUUGUUGGAUCUGACUAUCUGAGCCAGUGAGCUCUCGCCGCCAGCCGCGGGCAGAUGCUGCCGACCGGCAGGAGCAGGCCGCAGCCCAGGCCUGUGCCGAGAUCUUGGUCCUUCUCAGACAUGGACUUCUUGGACCCGAAGUGCAAGUCCAGGUACCUCAGCAAGAUCAUCAUGGUGGCGCUCCUCACGGCCAUGUGCGUCGUCAUGCUCACCCAGCCACCCUGCCAUAGGAAGGCUCCCAGUGUGAUAUGUCAGCAUGUCUUUCCUGCGUGCAACUCGAACCAUUUCUGUCAGCAUGUCUCCCCUCCUAUUCCACGAAUUCCGUUGUCCUCAGCCAACCAAGACCUUCAGCCCGUGCUUGCGGCCAAGAGGCAUAUCCUUGCUCUAAACAUGAAAGAUCUUGCGAAUCCCAAUAUAAUGAAUAUGUGGCUUGAUCAUUUUCAAUCAUGUAAGCAAGAUUGUAUCUCAUUAAACGCACAUAGAAGCAACUCUAAUUAUCAGGUAGUUUGCUCCCAUCUGAUCUGCUUCUGUGAAAGGGUCAUGUACAAGAAGGUGAAGAUGACGCCUCCUGUACAAGAAGGCGAAGAGCAAAAGUCUUCUUUUUUAGUUGUUGCGGAAGUUCUGACCAAGCAUCGCCCAUCAAGCAAAACAGAUUUGGUAGCCGUGUUUGUAUACUUGAUAGCAGAUUUUGUGAUAGCACUUGGUCUGGUAGCAGAUUUUGUGAUAGCACUUGGUUUGGUAACAAAUUUUGUGCACUUGGUUGUGUAAUUUUGUAUCAGCUUGUGCUACAGAUUUGGUAGUUGAUUUUGGUUGUCCUAUAAGUUUUGGCUAUAUUAUCAGAUCUUGAAAUAUGCUUUAAA